AUGGGAUCAGAUCGGAGAUGGAUGUAUGCUAGGUUAAAAGAUGGUCUAUUGACCUCAGAAUUCAUAGAAGGUAUUGAACAAUUCAUAACAUUUGCUAAGCAACAUCCAGAGUGGAUGGAUGGGGAUAAACUGAAGUGUUCAUGUAAUCAUCGAAAGUGUCAGAAUCGUAAUUAUGCUGAUGAGAAUACAAUUCGGUUACAUUUGAUGAAGCAUGGAUUUGUGCCAUAUUAUUAUAAAUGGAUUCUACAUGGGGAACCCCGCACAAGUAAUAUUGAUAGUCAAAACAUAAAUGUUAUGAUAGCGGAAUCUGUUCAAGAGGUUGAUAAUAGCACAAGCAAUACCUAUGAGCAAAUGGUAAUGGAUGCAAAGAGUCCCGAUUUCUUUCAGGAUGUAAUGGAGGAGCCUCCAAAUCCAUCAGCUCAAAAAUUGUAUGACAUGUUACAAGCUGUUAAUCAAGAGGUGUGGCCAGGUUGUGAAAGCCAUUUGCAGCUCUCAGUUGUUGCAAGGAUGUUGAACAUCAAAGCAGAACAUCAUUUGUCAGAAAGGUGUUUUGAUGACAUUUGUCAACUUAUGAAAGAGGUGUUACCGGAUGAAAAUUUAAUGACUGAAAACUUUUACAGUACGAAGAAGUUGGUUCAAGCAUUGGGCCUACCUGUUGAGAAGAUUCAUUGUUGUACUAAUGGAUGUAUGUUAUAUUGGGCUGAAGAUAGUGAGUUAACGAAUUGCAAAUUUUGUGACCAUCCACGGUUCAAACGACAUAGUCGAGGCUCUUCUAAUUUUCAAACCAAUGUGCCACAUAAGAAAAUGUACUACUUUCCUCUCACACAGAGAUUGCAAAGAUUAUAUGCUUCGAAUGCAAUAGCAAAAGAAAUGAGAUGGCAUGCUGAGCAUGACCAUGAAGAUGAGGUAAUGUGUCAUUGUUCAGAUGCAACUACAUGGAAGCAUUUUAAUAAAACACAUCCUUCAUUUGCUGCUAAGGUUCGGAAUGUAAGGCUAGGACUAUGCACCGAUGGGUUUCAACCAUUCGGUCAGUCUAGACAACAAUAUUCAUCUUGGCCAGGCAUUGUCACUCCUUACAAUUUGCCUCCUUGGUUAUGUAUGAAGGAAGAGUAUAUGUUCCUAACGGUAAUAGUUCCUGGUCCGAGAAACCCAAAAGACAAAUUGGAUGUGUACUUACAGCCCCUUAUUGCAGAGUUGAAACAGUUGUGGGAAGUUGGAGUUGAGACAUAUGAUGCAUCAAAGAAGAAUAAUUUUAAUAUGAGGGUUGCGAUAUUAUGGACAAUAAGUGAUUUCCCUGCAUAUUCAAUGUUAGCAGGCAAGACUGCUUGUCCAUAUUGUAGGGACGAUUCAGAUGCAUUCACAUUGACAAAGGGUGGUAAACAAUCAUGGUUUGAAAAUCACCGUAAAUUCUUACCAGCUAACCAUCCUUUCAGAAGGAAUAAAAUUGCUUUUAGAAAGAACAAGACAGUAACAAAAAGUGCUCCCCCCAUUCUAUCUGGAGAGGAAAUUUUAGAACAAAUAGAACAUCUAGGAUUAAUGUGUGUCACAGAUAUGGGUGUAGAUGAGAAUAACAGUUGCAAAGCCAAAAACAUGGGUUGGAAUAGACGAAGCAUUUUUUGGGAUUUGCCAUAUUGGAGUACUAACAUGCUUCGCCACAACCUGGAUGUCAUGCAUAUAGAGAAAAAUGUAUUUAAAAAUAUUUUUAAUACUGUGAUGAAUGUUGAAGGGAAGACGAAGGACAAUGCAAAAUCAAGGGAAGAUUUGAAAGAGUUUUGUCACCGACCUGAGUUAGAGAGGGAUAUGGCAACAGGAAAGUAUCCUAAAGCAUUUUACACAUUAGACAAACAAACAAAAGCAGUGUUGUGUGAAUGGUUUAAAAAUCUUAGAUUCCCAGAUGCUUAUGUGUCAAACAUGGCAUUUAGGGAAUUGCUUCCAAAAAAUGUGUGGCAAGCAUUGACCGAAUUGAGCAAUUUCUUUAGAGAGUUAACUUCAACAACACUUAGAGAAGAAGCCAUGUUACAGCUCAAUGAAGAGAUUCCUAUUAUAUUAUGUAAACUAGAGCAUAUAUUCCCUCCAAGUUUCUUUAACUCAAUGGAACAUCUCCCAGUGCAUUUGGCUUAUGAAGCAUGGAUUGCUGGUCCUGUGCAAUAUCGGUGGAUGUAUCCAUUUGAGAGGCAUCGAAAGGUUCCACGCAAUGAUGAUACAGUCGAACAUAUGGAUGAACAUCUAGGGAAUCUAUCAAUUUUCACUCAUUUCGGUAGGCCACUGGGAAAAGGAAAGGUUAGAUAUCUCAUAGAACAAGAAUUUCAAGCAGCAAAAAUCAUUUUUGUUAAUGAGUUACACAUGGCCAAUCCAAAUAUCAAUGAUAAACAAGUUGAUGAGAAACUAGAGCGUGAAUUUGACAAGUGGUAUGAACCAUUUGUUCUUGCUAUCCAAGCUGCUCAGGUGAAUUAUUCCAUAUAUCCAAGCUUAAAGCGAGACAAGGAUGAUUGGUGGGCCGUGUUCAAAAUCAAAGCGAGAUCUGUUAUUGAUCUUCCUGAGCAAGUGAAUGUGACAACCCCCCCUGCACGGGAAGAACCAUUUCAAGAAGAUGAAAUGGAAGACGUUGAAGAUGAAGAAGAGCUUGAGUUGGACUCAGAAAGCGAUGAGGAAUGCGACGAUGAUGCGAGGCAACGGUCGCAGGGGAGGUUUGUUGGGUCAUUCACAGUCAAGGCAGUUACCUGUGCAAGAUGA